AUACACUUCACAUUCGGACGCCACCUAACUCUGGACUAUCAAAAUUCAUAAUAAAAUUUGAAGCAUUCUACAUCCAGUUAACACAGGCGGUCAUUUGGUCGCGUUUCGGCCCUAAAUUAUUGUUUUUCGUAGAUUCGUUGACAAAGGUGGAUCGAUGGCCGGAAAGCUGAAAGUAUGCAUCAUUGGGGCUGAGGGCUGGGGCUCGGCCAUUGCCGCCGCCGUGAGCAACAAUGUCUGGGAGGGAGACUUCGACAGCCGGGUGCAUUUAUAUGUCUACGAUGAAAUGAUUCGGGACACUGCCUUAUCGGAGAUCAUUAACACUCGUCACGAGAAUGUCAAGUAUCUGCCUGGGAUCAAGCUGCCCAAUAACCUGAUCGCUGUAAAUGAUCUUUUGGAAGCUGCCCAGAACGCAGAUAUCUUGGUAUUUUCCACGCCGCAGGAGUUCGUUCAAUCCUACUGCAACAUUCUGUCUGGUAAUGUCAAGGAAUCUGCCUUUGCCGUCUCUAUGACCAAAGGCUUGAUGAGCGAGAAUGGCGAGGGGAUUGGUCUCGUAUCGCACGCCAUCAACGAGAGUCUGGGUAUCCCGUGCUACUCCAUGAUGUCCGCACAUAGUGCCAUGGAGAUGGCUCAGGGAAAGCUGUGUGAGGUGACCAUCGGUUGCAGCGAUAAUUCUCAUGCCAAGCUGCUGAUCGCUGCCAUGCAAACCAAUAACUGCAGAGUUAUUUCUGUUGAUGACGUUGAUGGGGUGGAGCUGUGUGGAACGCUCAUAGACGUCGUUGCCUUGGGAGCGGGUUUCAUAGAUGGAAUGCGUCUGGGCGAGAACGCCCGGUUGGCUGCCAUCCACUUGGGUAUCAAGGAAAUGAUGCGGUUCAUUAAGACGUUCUUUCCCUCAACCAACAUGUCCACAUUUUAUGAGAGCAGUGGCGUGGCCAACACGGUGGCAUCAAGCUUUGUCGAUAAAAAUAUCACACUUGCCAAGAGCUUAAUAACAUCAGGCCAAACCAUUGAAGAAAUUGAAGCUAACCUACACAGUGGCCGCAAGCUUUUGGGUCCUAUUGUGGCCAGUGAUGUAAAUGCAUUUUUGGAGAGUGAGCUUAUGCAACACGAAUUUCCGCUUUUCACGGCCAUUCAUUUAAUAUGCCAAAGCGAAGCUCCGCCGGAACUAAUGAUAGAGGCACUCAGAAACCAUCCAGAUCUAAGCAACUCAUCCAUUUUAUAUUUACUAAAUCAUGAAAAGAAAGAUCUAAAUACGGAUCAACGCCUGCCCGAACUGAGGACGGCUUUAGAUAAGAUACUGGCCGAGGCGGGAAACGAAAACGUUAAGAAGCUCAAGGUGAUGGACGACUGGACCGAAGUAAACGAAUAUGACGUCGAGGAGACGUUCGAGCGACAAGUGGCAUCACAGGAUUCCUCCCCUGAGACCGAAAUUAUGCCGAACCGUCUGAGUGUCCAAGCUGCCCGGCUUUAUAAUGACAUUCGGGACGGUAAUGUUGGGGUGGCCUUCAGAAUGGACAUCGAUGAAGGCGAUCGCCAUGUGCGGCUCUUGCUGGAGAAGGAAGGCGAAUUGUCCAGCGAUGCAGACGAGACUGCAGUUUCAUCCAGACUAACUGCAGGCCAUGAAGAUGACAAUGCCAGGCUGGGACAUGGGCACUCAACAAACACUUCCGAUCCUAUGAUCAGCAAAGGCAUUCCCAGUGGCUUGACUACGAACGAAACGCCUGAUGUCCUGGACUUGAGUUCCGAAUCCGAACCACUGCAAUCGUCUAAACUAGACAGUCAGCUGAUGAAAGAUUCAGAGUCAAAUUUCUCAGAGCGUUUAAAAGUGGAUCAACUGAAAGAGCAGAUUGAUAAACAAGAAGCGGCCAAUACUAAAGCCCAAGAAAAUCUUAUAAAAUCUAUUAGGCAAACUAUUCAGGCUCUCGGUGAUAAAGAUAAAAUGGAAAAUCUAAUCGCUAAAAGCAAAAUGGAGGAAGACCCCUUUCAAUUAAAAAACCAAGUUGAAGCGGAGACUUUGCAACUGAAAAGCGAAAUGGAAGAGGAAACUUUUGAACCAAAAAAUCAAACGGAAGAGGAACCUUUCCAAAGUAAAAUCCAAUUAGAUGAGGAAUCUGCUGAACUAAAAUACCUAAUGGACGAAGAAAAUGUUCAGCUUGAAAGCCAAAUGCAAGACGAGACUAGCCUAUUGAAAAGUUCUGCAGAUAAUUCCGAAUUUGUUGGACAUAACGCUGAGGAAGAGCAAUUCCUUGAAGAACCAACUGAUAACCAUCAGUAUAAAUUAAGAUCAGAAGCUGAUAACCUUAAAACACUUAUGUUCACUGAUUCCGAGGAGCCACUGGAGUCCGAAAAGCACAUUGAAAUGAAACUUCAAGACGAACACGAUUUUGAUCUCGAUGAGGAGCCCGCUAUAGGAAAAAAAGACCGUACUUACACCAAAGAGAACUUGGAGCUCGAGGAGCUGCUUGAGUGGCAGAAAUUAAAGAAACCAGAUGGAGACCAUCAACUUUAUUCUUCAGCGGAACUGGAGGAUUCGACAGCCCUUGAAAACCAGCCGAGGUUUCCCAUAGAGCAUGAUGAUAGGUUGCAGGAUAUGGAUAGCUAUCAGCAAAAGGAACUCGUUCAAGUAAGGGCUGAGAAUAAAGAGAUUAGCGGAGCCGAACGCGAAAAGGAAAUCAACUUGGUUGGCGAGCAACGACCGGAUCAAAAUCAAGAAGAGGUCAACUUGGGACAGCACAAUGAGAUGAAGGCUGACGACACUGGCCACCACGAGUGGGAUUGGCUAAUGAACAAUGAAAAGAUCGAUCCCGACGACCAGAAGAUGUUUGCCAACCAAAGGAUGGAAACACUUAGCGAGUCUGACCAGGAUAAGCUGCAUAAUCUUAACAAUCAACUAAAGGAAGCCUUGCAGCAUGAUUUGGAUGUGAUGUCGACUAGCAGGAGUAAUGAAUCAAAUGAUGUGCUCUCCGAAGAGGACUUCAAUCCCGAAGCUGCUAAGAAAAUGACGGAGCAACCAAGGAACCCCACUCCCACCCAAAUCCCCGCAGUUCCCUUGCCAGUAGCAGUGCCAAGGAAACAAUCCCAGAUCCGCGAGGGCAGUCCACAGUUCCAGAAUCAGCCUAAAUCUGUUCCACCACCCUCGCCAAAAACCAAACCAAAUGCACCCGUCGAAUUUGGGAACACGGACGAAGUCAUGGAUCUGAAUGAGUCGGCUUCUGAACAAAAGGUCCCUAAGGGUAAAAAAAUAUCAAAAACUGAAGCGGUGAAGCGGCCAGUUGCUAAGGAUGUCUCCAUUGCGGAGCACACCAAAGAGGAAACUUCACCAGCUAAGCAGAGGGUGCCGGAAAGCAAAAGGAAGCAAAAAAGUGGCUUAAGAAAAACAUCUAGUGAUGCGGAUCGCAGUCAGGCAUCGCAAGAAACCGAGAAGCAUCGGCAAACUACAGAACACCAGAAGGCACAACUGGAAAAAGUGGGUAAGAAGAUCAGCGUUAUGCGAAGAGGUCAGGAUCGUCGGGUUAGCUACAAGGGUCACAACCCCUUCAGCAGUGAACCGGACCUAGAGUCUAGGCCACCGAUGGACACCAGCUUCGAAAAGGACAAAGCGGGCGAGUACCAGGGACUUGGCCAUCAGCGUCGCAAAGUAGUCGUGACGCCGCCCUUCCAUCCGCCUAUCAAUCCUAGAGUACGCGUACCACGACCACCUUUCGAUGGACGGGAUCACGAGUUCCAUACGAUGACUACCACGCCGGUGGCCAGACACCUUGCUCCGGCACAGAAGUGGUCGUCUCUGCACACGACCCUAAAGCAGAAUCGCCCUUCCCUGGUUGCCACCAUACAGGUCAAGCACUUUGCCGCUCUGCCCAGUCAGACAAUGCCGAGCCCCAUAUUGAAGAUGCCGAUGGGAGUGCCGCGCACGCCGACGUUUUCAAAGAUCCUCUGCGCAUUGCAGUUAGGAUUGCUGGCCUCCUAUCUCGCUUGCAGAAGGGACUAAUCUCUGGACUAGUGGCUCGGCUUUUCGAUUCCCCCCAUUGAAGCAUUAUCAGCUCUAAUGAAUAUAGAAUACUUUUCUUUUUAAAACAAUAAAAGGUGUUAGAUUUAAUCUUAA